CGCACCGCGGCGCGGCAGUCGGCGAAGCAACGCGAUGCAUCUGUUUACUAAACAAAUUAACUAAGUUUAACAAAUGUGAUGAUUCCUCUGAGGGACUUGAGAGACGGUUACGAAGAUCUCGACGGUGAAGAUGAACAAGGAUGGGGUUGCCGUAUAAGAUGGAAUGAUAUAAAAAGAAUGAUCACCCCGCCAAUCUGGUGGCGCCAUGUUCAGAAUUACCUGCGACUUUCCGUGCCUUUGGAUGAGGACGAGGCCACGACGUCCGGGAUAACAGACGGCGCGGCGGACGAACAGAACCGGGUGAUCUUCAUCAACCGCGUGCAGCCGCAGAAGUUUGUCAGCAACAGGAUAUCCACCGCCAAAUAUAGGUGUAUGUUACCAGAUGCCUGA